AUGAGUAAACUACGAGUACCAGGAGCCUCGACACUGGCACGCCUGCGCGAGAGUCCUGAGACGGCCCUCCCCUCCCCACCGUUCCCUCCCUCCGUCAGCCCCCGGCACCGGCCCGGGAGUAGACGAGGGUUUGCCAGGCCCGGGGCGGGCGGGGAGGCCUUGGGGAAGGGGGGGCCCGCUCCUCAGACACCGAGGCUUCGAGGCUUCGACUCUUCACAUCCGGGCGAUGGACGCCUUGUGAGACUGGUCCCCCUCGCUGAGGGCGCUUUUGGGAGGCGGCGACCGACUGACUGUCCGCGAGCCCCCGGGCUCGGCCCUCCCUCGCCUUUCUCGGCCCCUCCCACUCUCUUUGGCCCCGGAGCUGCCACCACUCGAGAGUCGGUGCUAGUCCCUGCCUCGCGUUGCCGCCGCCCUCCGGGCCUAGCCCGCCCAGCCCGCGCAGCGGCGGCGGCGGCGGGGAGCUGGAGCCGCUGCCGCAUCCGCCGCAUCCGCUUCUACUCAGUGCCGGCUCCUUGUCCUGCCCCUCAUGACUGCGGCGCCUCUGCUGCUACAGCCUUCCCGGCCGCCGCUUGCCGCAGGAUGGAUGCGGAUCGCGAGGCGCUAACCCCGGUGGCUCAGCUCCUCGAUAGCCCGCUGACGAGCCCGCCUUGUGAGCCGAAGCAGCCGUCACAGCAGGGCCCCGUGUCCCGCCUCGCUUUCGGGGUGACUUGUCAGUGCUGA